AUGAAGGCCAUCUCGGUCCUUUGCACACUAGCGGCGUCGCUGCUGCCUGCAUUGAGCAAUGCAGCUACAUCCAUCUAUCUGAGACCGUCAGAGCUGCAUUUGGCGCAGCUGACCACGGAAGAAGCCGACGUGUUACUCGCUCACCAUCUUGGAGUCGAGCCUGCAGAAACAUUGGACACGGAUAAACUCCAGUCCCUGCUAGAGGAAGCUGGUGGACAAGUCGAGUUGGGAAAGUCGUUGCUCAAAUCGGCGGACAACUCGCUCCUGGUCGUCGUGGACGUGAACGAAGCGGACAUCCCACAAAUUCUACCAGGUGGAUGGACCAGACCAAGCUUUACGUCGUCCAUCACGCCUGCCUCUAUCCAAGUGCUCUCAGAGUCGUAUAGCCAUUCGGCCUCAGAGCUGAACUUUGCAACAUACACUACUCCGCAAACAAACGGCUUUGAAAUGGCUUCGCCCCACAGGUUGCUCACCUUUUUCGACUUUGCGACCGAGUCGCCAGCCGCAGAGGCCUUUGUCAGAGUAUUCGAUGCAUUGGAAGAGUUUAUCGAAGGUGAACACUCGACCUCGCGAAAAUUUGGCACGUUCCAUGUCUCGAGUCUGCAGGCGCUGGAGGACGAGUUUGGGCGUUCAAGCGAUGAAUUCCAAUCCACCCUGUUGGCCUUGAAAGCGGUAUUGAGUAAUCCCUCCUUGGACAAGGUCAAUAUGGCUGUUGUGUUCUCCCCAGUGACUUCAAACAUUCUCGCACGAGAUGCAGAGCCCACACAAGCACCCUUCCCGGCACCCCCCGGAAAUGCCCCCAUUUUCUCUAGCUCAAAGUGCUACACCAGCGCGUCCGCAUGCAAGAAGGGCACGACGGAAUGCUCCGGACGCGGCCAAUGCGUACCUAUCAGAAAGGGUGCUCGAGAGUGCUACAUAUGUCAAUGUGCCGUCACAAAGGACUCCAAGAACCGAACAGAGUACUGGUCAGGAGCUGCCUGUGACACCAAGGACGUCAGCACGUCGUUUACGCUCAUCGCUGGUACCUCAGUUGCCAUUGUCCUCAUUAUCAUUUUCGCAAUUCGUCUCUUGUUCAAUGUCGGCAGUCAAGAGUUACCCAAUGUGCUUACUGGUGGUGUAGUUCAUGCAAAGCAUGAGUAA